GUGACUUUCAGCCAAUAGUCUUCUUCCUUACACGGAACUCCGAGAGAAGAGGGAAGUUCAGUUUGUUUACGUCGCAAGAACGAACCGGUCUGAAGACUAGAGAAAAAUGGAUAAACUAGACGUCUGCUCUGUGGAGAUUUCAGUUUGAUGACUGUUAUUCUUUAUUGCAUGAUUUUACAUAGGACUUAAGUACAUUGGGAAACAUCACAAUGGCUCAGCUGCAGCAGCAGAUCCAGCCCCACCAAGCAGCAAAGCCCCUGUUGGACGUCCCGGAGUUGCAGUUCUGGCAUGACAAAGCAGUGGCUUGGGGCCAGGCUGACAGGCCUGACACUCUGAAAGACACCUGCCUGCACAUGAGCAGACUGAAGGAUUACCUCCAGCAACUUCUCACACAUAUCAACAACAUGAGCUCCACAUCAGAGACCAUGAAGAGGCUGCCUCUCCUGGGCCAGUUCCUUGGCCGACUCUGCUGGAACCCUUGUGUGACUGCUGAUGCUCCGGGGAGAUGGCUGUUGUUUCAGUGUCUGUGGGGACUAUACUCAGAGCAUCCAGGCAAUGCCGUGGAAACAAAAGCAAACCAGUGGAUACGGAAGGUGCUGUGUCAGCUUGCUACAGAAGAAGACGAUGCUGCAGCGCAGGCAUUAAUGAAGCGAAUGGGUGUACCACCUAAAGAGUACCAUCUGAAAGUUCUCAUAAAGAUGGUGGCAAUGCUGCAGGAAAACAUUGGGAAGAGCUGCAGUUCCUUGUUCGACAUUAAUCACAGGUGUUCCUGUGACAACAUUCUGGCAGCGUCGGAGGCUUGUGUCCCUCUGGUCACUUUCCCAGAGGCUGCUCCUCUCAUCAGUGCACUGUUGCAGCAGCCAGCGACUUGUGUCAGGGCAGCACUUAGUCAAGACUUCCUGGACGCUCUGAGCUCUGCCUACUCCAGCAAAUGCUUGUUAUUGGAGGAGCAGGAAGUAGUCUCUCUGUGGUAUCAUAGCCUUUCCAGUCUAGAGGAAGCAGUGCUCAGUCUGCUGGAGUGUGUUUUCACCAACACAGGGUCAACACCACAGGAGCUAAAGUGGCAACUGGCACACUCAUUACUGCCUAAAGCCUGUGCUCAACACUGCUCCAUAUUUCUGGUUGUGAAUGACAUCUUCAGAUCUUUACUUAAGCAAGCUGAAGAGAACGAGUCCGUCAAGUAUCUCAUCCAAACCUUUUCCAGCAGUUUCUUCAGGGAAUGGGGUCUGCUGCAGCAUAAAACGAGUGGAUCUUUGAAGGCCUUGUUCCCACAGUCACCUCAGAGUCUGCUGAUUCCUCUUUGGACCUGGCCAUCAGAGAUGCCUCAGGAGGCUUGGCGACAUCACCUGAACUGGCUCAGCUGCUCAUUACAGAGACUGACUGAGGAUGAAGAGGAGGGCGAUUCAGACGGAAGCACCAGGGGGCACCUCAGGGUGUUUGAGGCCUGGUACCUGCUGAUCCAGUGUGCCCACUGGGUGCAGGUGGCUGUCCAGCUGCUGGCAACAUUGCAGCCUGAGGACUGCGGCCCCCUCCUGUGGCUGCUCACCUUCUACCACCACCCCACCAAAAGAGGGCACCACAGAACAUCACAGCUGGUUCAUGCCAAAGAAGCAUGGGACCACCUCCGCUCACUGUUCUCGUUCUUAGCUCAUCCUUUUCCUGUUGACCGCGUGCAAUCAUUGAUCACUUUGCUGUCCCUGAAACCUCAGCAAACAUCACCGUCGCCCUUUUUGAUCCUCAAACUCUUACUCAACUUUUGUGUUUUCUCCCAACAAUCGCUGAAUGGGUCGUCAGAGAUUUUACAAACGGUGGUGAACCGUUCUGGUCUGGUUAAUGAAGCGGUGCGUGUUCUCAGCUCACUGGAGCUCAGACUCAUCGAAGAUAGCUGCUUAUCAAGCGACACAAACAGAGUUCAUCUCAGGAUCAAGGCAUUUCAAAACACACUAACACAUAUGUGUGCAACUUUGAAUCCUGCCACGAACCAAACUCACCCACAAACAUUAUCACAGAACCACGCAGCAGUGAGUUCAUCCUCGAUGCAGGGUUUUCUCAAGGCACCUUUGCAGAAUGACAAAUAGCCAGGAUCUUGUGUAGAUAUGCUGCGGUGCAGUGACAGGAGUGUGUCAAAACAGCACAGCGGGGACAGAUUAUGUGGAGAAGCUACAAUUAUAUGCGCAGACCACACACAAAAAUACAAACACAUAACACAACUACAUGGACACUUAAGCAGUGACAGAUCACACUAUAAAGAAGCAGCAGCUCGUACAGUGUCUUGAAGUCCUCCCACUCGUAUAGCUUACAAUUAAAAUCCUUAACAUUACACAUGCUGACUGACAGACUGUAGUCUCGGAGAAAAGGAAAAAUGUUGCCAGGUACACAAUCUUUGUAUAAAUGCUUUGUGUUCAAAUGUUUGUAUUGAUAAGUUAUUCCAACUGUUCUGUAAAUAUGAUAAUAAAUGUAAUGUCACUUC